AGUGUCGUGUUUUGUGUUUUUGUGUUACAUUUUACUAAAAUAAAAUAAAAUGGAGGACAUCGAAGAGUCCGAGUUUGUGGCUUCCGAGCACGAUAAGCUAGUCCACGCCAUAUCGAAACUAGACAAAACUCAAUUCAUUACCGAGCCGACGCGAAGCGAACCUACUAACCUCAAUUCAGAGUUUAACUUGAUCAAAACUAAACCUAAACUCGAUCUUACAAAUGUUGUAAAAGUGUUAGAAGACACGUCCCACCAUGUACAGAUUAGCAAGAAGCUUAAAAAGAGUCAGGACAAUAAGCAAGUACUGGCAAAACCGCUUGAAAAGCCGCAAGCCGAGCGCAUCAAGCGAGCGACAGGGUACGAGCAGGCGAAGGAAAAAGUAGGCAGAUGGGACCCUGUCGUAGCUAGAAGCCGUGCCGUAGACUUUGUCUCGUUUCCUCUUAAGCGUGUCUCAAACAAAAUGCAGCCAACCCAUGAGUUCUUAUCCAAGUUUGAACUCAAGUCAAACCUUGAAAAGGAGUUGGAGGAAAUUGAUCCGCCUAAUGUACCAGUUGAGGAAGAUGAAGAGGAGAAAGUGUAUCCAAUGACAUAUGAGGAAAUGUUGGAACACAGGCAGCACUCGGCUAAAUUGAGAGCACAACAAUCAUACAAGGCUGCAAAAGCUAAGAGACAGAGUAAAAUAAAGAGCAAAAAGUAUCACAGAAUUCUCAAGAAGCAAAGAGUAAAGUUGCAGCUCAAAGAGUUUGAAGAGCUACAGAAGAAGGAUCCAGAGGAAGCUCUCAAGAAGUUAGAGGCUCUGGAGAAAGCUAGAGCUUUGGAGAGACAUACACUGAGGCACAAGAAUACUGGAAAAUGGGCCAAAAGCAAAUUGGUUCGUGCUAAAUAUGACAAAGAGACCAGACAAGAACUUGCUGAACAAUUAGCUGUAAGCAGAGGCCUAACACAUAAAACACAAGCUAAUGACAGCACUGAUGAAGAAAAUGAUGACUCUGAAAACAUACCAGACAUCACUCUAUCUCAAGACCCCAUGAACCCCUGGAUGAUGAAGAGGUCAAAUAAAUCAAAUGUUGAUGCUGAAUUUGAUUUUGGUUACAAGAAAUAUGUUCAAGGGAAGACAAACAAGAAGGAUGAUAGUGAUAGUGAUUCAGAUGAUGAUGUAACACUGCAUACUGGUGGUGAUAAUGAUAGAAAAGCACUAGAUAUGCUGCUUUUGGGAAAUAGUAUUAAUAGGAUUGGUCAGGAAGACAGUGAUGAUCAAGCCGAAGGAACUACUAAAAUAGAAACAAAAGAAACACAAAUUCCUAAAGCAAAGAAUGUUGGUAAAAAUAAACCAGAACUUCCUAAACCUAAAACAAUCAAACAGAAUGAUGAACCAACAAUUAUAGAACAAAGUUCUAAGAAAUCUAAGCAAGUGAAAAGAAAAAAUGAAGUUGAGAACACAAUUUCAUCUAAGAAAACCAAGACAGCUGUAGCUACUUCUAGUUGGUCUGUGGAACCAAUCAAUGUUGUCCCAGAGACAAAAAAAGCAAAGAGAGAUGUAUCAGAGGCAUAUGAAGUUCUUGAAAAAAAUAUUGCAAACAAAGUUGCAAGUAAAAUUAACAAACUUAAGAAAGAUAUUAAAAAUUUGGAAAGGGUUACUAAAAAGUCAAAGAAAAUUGAAAACAAACAAGAAGAAAGAGAUAAUCUUGAAUACUUGAAACUAAAAAAACAAAAAGUAAUACCAGUCAUAGAUGAGGAGUUAAUUGAAACUGCUGCCAAUGCUCCAGAAGAUGCACAGGUUAACAACAAGCCUCUCUCUGAUAUAGUGAAAAUAGCACAAAGUGAUGUACCUGUCCAAGAAAAUGUUGAUGCAAAUAUUGAUCCAACUAGAUUCAUACAAGCUAAGCCUAAAUAUUUGAACUCCAUUGUACCAGAAGGAGAAGGUGGCCAUGAUUUGUUGGAUGAUGAUGAUGAACAAGUUGUUCCAAAAGUAAAUAUUGAAGAGGUCUUUGAGGAAGAUGAUGUAGUUGAUAGUUUUAGGCAAGAAAAGGAAGAUGAAAUAAAUAAGGAUAAAAUUGAAGACAUUGAUUUAAGUCUACCUGGCUGGGGUACCUGGGGAGGAAAAGGAGUUAAAGCCCCUAAAAAGAAAAAGAACAGAUUUAUCUCUAAACCUGCUCCAAAGUUUCCGAGAAGGGAUGAAAACAAAGGUGAUAUAAUCAUAAAAGAAUUUAAGGAUCCUAAACUAGCUGUUCAUAAAGUAACCAAUGUACCUUUCCCAUUCAAGAGUGUUAAGGAUUAUGAAGCAUCAAUCAGAGUUCCGCUCGGUAACACUUUUAUCACUGAAAAAGCACACAAGAAGUUAAUCAAACCAAGUGUUAUUACUAAGGCUGGUGCUAUCAUUGAGGCAAUGGAUGAAGAUGAACUGCUUGACAAGAAAAACCGGACCUUCGGAAAUGAGAAACUUAUGAAAUUAUUGGGACAGAAAUAAAACUAAUCUACUUAA